AUGAUUUCUUCAUUCGAAUUAGCUCGGGCACGGGAGCGGAUUUUGACGGUUCAGCCCAAGAUACUGGGUGGGGAGCUCGAUCUAUCUCAUUGUCCAUUGGGCACGAGGUGGUCCCGUGAGAAAAAAGUUCAAGGUAUCACGCGGUUCAAUUUGGCCGCGUACCGGGAUCAGCUUGCAGUUCUCGUAGAGUCUGAUUUUGUAUGGAUGCCGUACAUGACUCUUCUGGGUCGUAUUGCCAGGGUUUGUCUUGUGGGACAGGGCAUAUGGCGAUCUCAGACAUGGCUCAUCUGCGGUGAUGUCGUUGCGCCACACAACCCCAGUAGGGCCACAUUGAUGGAGGACGUUCGUAGUCUGAGUAUUAUAGGCCAGCGUACUUUCGACGCGGACUCCUUUGGUUAUGAUCGCUUAGGCGAGAUUGCCCAGGUUGCUGAGCGGGCGUUGUUCGUCAAUGCAACGGAUGUUGUACGUCACGAUCUCGAUAGGCAUGUUGAGGUCUCAGCGUGGGCGUGGGGGGCAAGAGACAAUCACAUCCACUCAGCCACAUCAGUCCUCCCAAAGAUCGCGAGCCUCAUAUUCCCUUCACCGGCGGUUCAUCCCAUCGGUCUCCACAUCGAUCUCCACUCCAUUCUUGACAAAGAUUCAGCCCAUCGGUCUCCACAUCAUUCAUCCCAUCAGUCUCCACAUCAUUCUUCGCCGAUCCAACAGGCGUUUUACCGUCCGAUUAUGUCUCCCCAGCACCAGCAGUCCCAUUUUGCCUUCACUCAGUUUUCCUCCCCUCAGACUUCUCAGCGUCAGUUUGGAGAUUCUUUUAUUGACUUUUCUGGGUUUCAGCAGAGUUCGCUAGAUGGCCAGUCGAUACAUUACACGAGUAACUUUCUUUCGGGUAUGUUCGAGGGUGUUGCGGGUCAGCAUCAGGCUGAUGACCCAGCUGGAGGUGAACGUGAGAGUCAGGGUGAAGAUGAGGCUGAGGAUGAGGCUGAGGAUACAGACCAGGAUGAUCAGUUUGAGGGUCAGGGUUAUCAGCGCCAUGAGGAGCAGGGAUCGAGUCAGACUCUAGGGACUCCACCGUUGGCUGUGAGUAAAGGCCAGAGAGUGACGAAGGAGCCCGAUAGAUUGACUUAUAGGUUUUUUCGGGCUAAAAAGCCCAAGAAGAAGUAG